UGAGAGCGCACACCACUUUAUUUUACCUUUAACAAGCCCCGUAUGCAAACUGAAAUUGCCACAUUGCUGUUUCAGUACUUAGUGCGCUUUAGGCUGACCACGAAGUAUGCAGCGGAGGAGAGCCGUCUGUCGGCCAAGGCGCUCGUAUGGUUUAUGGGUGAGAUUGAUUUGUUAACAAAAAAUCUGGAUCAAUCAAAUAGUGGACGGCUCCUGAACACAAACAUUUGCAAAUUUCGAUGGGAAGUUCUUAAGCUGGACUACAAUAUCACCAUUUUCGUUAGUUUAGAUUUAAAAAAUUAAUUUACCUUUUGGUAUUAAGUACUAAAUUAAUUAAUUUAGAAUAUUAUUGAUUAAUUAGCGUACAAUUAAUAUUACCUAUCUAUAAACCAUAAAUAAACUGUUAACAAAAAAAUAAUGAUAAUAUACUGUAUAUG